AUGACCUCAGGACAGGCGCAGCGCUCCCCCGCAGAUCGCCCAUUGGCCGAGCCACCCGCUUGUAACAGCGGCGGUACCGCCCCUCGAGCAGCGGGAGAGCCCCCCGGGGAUUCACUGAGCACAAGAUGGCGGUGCUGGCCGCCCGCCAGAGCCCAGGCGGGGCUGCUGCCGCCGCCAUUAGGCCCCUUCCCUUCCCCUCCGGUACAGCUUUGUAUCUGCCUAGAGGAGGCCCAGGCAUGGCAGUGUGGAAGCGGCCGACUCCAUCUUCUGCCUCUGUGUGUCCCGCGCUCGUCAUCGCCGCGACCAUCGCCCUACACCCCUUGGACAGCAGACUUUGCUCACCGCGACCGGACCAGCCCCGACCUCAGCCGGCCCACGCUGCAACCAGCGGCUCCGGCACCAGACUGCCCGCCGAUCGACCCAGCACGCCACAGUGGUCGUUUCCUCUCUUUCCAGGAGCUGUAGACCAGGCCAGACCACGGCUGGUGUUCGCUUACCAGACAAAUACCGGAGCCGUGCAAUCCCCCUCCCCUAAACCCACCGUCACCCCACCCCUCCCCUCGCGGGGGUGUCCAGAGUAGGGCCCGCUGCCGCCUCCCCGCGCCCCCUCCCUCGUCCUGGCCCCCACGAGACAAACCCACCAGGCCGCUUCAAUUUUAAAAAAUGUUUUUUACCUCAGGAAUGGGCGCCAAAGGUGCAGUGGCGGUGACCCGACCGGGCCCGGGCAGGCCGGUGCCCAGCAGCGGCCCUCCCUCCCCCCGCGGGGGCUGUAAGGGGCUGUGGGGCCCGCGGAGGGGAGGGGGCCGGGGCUGUGUUGGGGUCGGGGGUGUUUUGUUAUGUGUGCCGUGCCCUGUGACAGGUCAGAGUUCGUGACCCCACCGCCGCCGCCCGGUAGCGCGUUCCCGCUUCCUCUUCCAGCGCCAGCCCGGCCGCGGCCCCUCCAUCCCCCGCGGGGCGGGGCCGGCGACGGGGAGGGGCUACCGGGCUACCUGGGCCCUUCGAGCCCUGCACCGCUCCGGCCGGGCCGGGGAAGUGCCGGGAGGAACCUGGCCUCCGGGGCAGCGAGGGGAAGGUACGUUCACCGCCUUUGUUCCUCUCGCUCGGGAGGCUCCUCAGGAGCUGGAAGCUCGAGGUUGGGUUGGCGGUGGCUGUCCAGUGCGCUGAUGGUAUUGAUAUUACAGGUGUACCUUGGUUCUCGCUGACGAUGCAAUCAAAGGUGGGCUCACAGUAGAGCAAGCUCUCACAAACGCCACCGCCAGACUGUCGAGUUUUUAUUUAAUUUUGUAAAUUGAAUGUCAUUGAUUAGGGCUUUUACGGCAAAGCUUGCUGUGAGGUAUGUUGUGCCUUCAAAUGCACAAUGAUAGGCACGAAACAGGUUUGGGUGUAGCUGAGGUGGUGUAGGAGUUUACCACCUUUCAGUGCCUGUCUUCUCACAGGCUAACAGAUGUUCACCCCUUGUCAUAACUAGCUAUUUCUUAACCUACUCUCAUCAAAAUGUUCGUAAUGCUUCUAGUAGGUUUCCCUUGAGUCUAAUAAUUUUUACCAAAGCUAAUUUAAGAAGUAGUUCGAUUAAUAAGAUAAUGCCUAAAACAAAACAUGGAAGAGCUACCAGUUGAAUGCAGCAAUCACAGAAACGAGGUGUUGUUGACUUAAUAGUUAGACAGUCAGUAUGAUGGUUUUUUUUGUUGUUUUUUUUUUUUUUUUUUUUUUGGAAGGUUGUAGUUUUUUUCUUAGAAAUGGCUCCCUGAGGUUAAGGGUAUGAUUAAUGUUCUAGACCUACGAAUUACAGUCUUACUUUCAAGAACAAGAAUUAUUAAAGCAUGUGAUGUGCAGAUGUGUUUGCAAUACACAAAUAAAGGAAAAUGCUUCAAAAA